CUGGUGGUGGUGACACAGAUUAAUGGGUCUGGAAACUGAAAGAUUAUCUGGAUGCCAAACACAGGAGAUCACUUUCAUCUGGGAAAAAGUAAACCAUGCCUAUCUCUCCUCUAUCAUAUUACAAUACUGGAUUGUGACACAUGGACACCGGAACACUGUGGAUUGGUGGAUUUAUGAGCUAUCCAAGCACUUUUAAUAAAUAAUGAAUAAAUAAAAAUAGUGACUGGAUGGAAAACCCUCCUUAAAUUUACUGUGGGCAAACACAGCGUGUUGUAAAAGUUGAUCUAUUCUGUAUGUUUUUGUGCAUUUGCCAUCUCUCCAUGACCUUUUUCCAUACCACACUCAUGAAAAAGAGUAAGGACAAUGUCCACACAGCUGGAUAAAUACCUAAUAAAAACCGGAUAAAGAAUAAAGACUGCCCUUAAUAAUGGCUAAGGACACAAAUAUAGCCAUUUGGCUUUUUCCAUUGGUAUUCUCAGACAAUGGGCAAAGGGGUCGAAUGUUUCGAGGACUUUGUCCUCUGCCCCUACCACUCUAUUCACUUCUUAUCCUUUCAGUACUAUCCUCAGUGGGACAUAGCAAUGUACCAGGAGUAGAAUAUGAUUGGGGAGCUCACCCCAAGUUAGUUUGCAUGCCGCUACCUGCAGACACUGAUCCAAGUUGUUUUCCCCCAGAUGGGGUUACUCAUGUCCCUAGCAUUAAUGGACAUAACAAUGGACAUAGCAAUAGCCAUAGUAACGGACAUGGGAAGGGACAUCUUUCUGGAGGCUUGCCUAACAGUCCUACUGGCAGCAGUAGUCGGCGGGGCAUAUCCGAUGAAGCAAAAGCUACAAUUCUGCACUUGAGGGAAAGCCUAGUGCGUCAGAAGGAGACGAUUCUGGAUCAAAGAGAAACUAUACGGGAGUUGACUGCAAAACUGACACUCUGUGAGGGCUUUGGGAGAGGUUCAAGUGGGCACCACAAUGAAGACCGCCUUGGACAUCAUGGCUCUCACCACUCUUCACAUCACUAUGACAGUGACCAUCAUUCUGAUCCCCACUAUCCUCUCAAUGGGUACCACAAUGACCAUCAAAGAGGAAAGCCACCAUUUCUGGGGAAACAUGGAUUUUCCCCUGAGCAGGCAGGGAAGACCUUGCAGGCUUUGAAAGAGAGGCUGGAAAAUUUACAGGCAAGGAAUUCGUCUAGCACCUAUUCUAGUUCACUGAAAGACCUUCUGCAGCGGAAAAUUAAUGCACUUGAAGAACAGCUCCACCGUCACAAUGAUGGUCACCAUGACUAUGGCACUCACGAAUCCCACCCUGGGCAUGGGCAUCCUGAGAAUCACCAUGAUGACCACCAUGGAGAUCACCAUGACAACCAUGAUCACAACCGCCACUAUGGUCAUCAUUACAGUCACUAUCAUGGCCAUCAUUAUGAUCAAUCCGGCAUACACCAGAGUGAAAAUGAUAAUGACAAUGAUGACCAUCAUAACAAUCAUAAUGAUGACCAUCAUGAUGACCACCAUGACAGCCACCAGAAUGAACGCCAUUUUGACCCCCAUGACAGUGGUCACCAAGGCAACAAUGAUCAUGGCCACCAGCGCCGUAGCCCUCUUAAGCCAAUAGCUUCUAGCGCACGUGGUGCCUACAAUAAGUUGGAUUCUGUGCUGAGCCAUCUGUAUCACAGGUCCCCAGAAACAGGAAACCACAAGAGACCUAAAAAUCCUGAUGGCUUUCAAAUUGGAUUCCCCAUGCACACUAACUACAUGUAUGGCCGUAUCAAGCGCACUCUUCUGAAUGAAAUCUUUGCCCUAACUGUCUGCCUCUGGCUAAAGGGGGGUUCAGGCCCAGGAAUAGGCACCCCUUUCUCUUACUCUGUUCCUGGCCAGGCUAAUGAGCUUGUCUUGAUUGAAUGGGCCAACAGUCCAAUAGAAUUACUGGUGAAUGACAAAGCCGUAACUCUUCCUCUAUCUCUGCAAGAUGGUAAGUGGCACCAUCUUUGUGUGACUUGGUCGACUCGAGAUGGUGUAUGGGAAGCCUAUCAGAAUGGAGUGAAAAGAGGCUCUGGGGAGAAUCUGUCCCCCUGGCAUCCCAUAAAACCAGGAGGAGUCUUUAUACUGGGACAAGAGCAGGAUACUCUUGGUGGCCGCUUUGAUGCCACACAAUCAUUUGUUGGAGAAAUGUCAGACCUACAGGUAUGGUCACGUGUUCUUAACUCUCAAGAGAUAGACAACCAAGCUUCCUGUUCCAUCCACCUCACUGGAGACGUUAUCGCUUGGAGUGAGUCCAUUGUGGAACUUCAUGGAGGGGUUAUCAAAUAUCCAUUUGACCCUUGUCAGUAAAGGCCCUAGUGGGCUGCCUCUGCUGCUUCUUAACCCUUAGAACCCCACACACACAAGUUGCAGGCAUUUUUGUAGAUAUAUGGAUGUCAUAAAUAAGAAUGAUUUAUCACUCGGAAAUAAGGUGCACACUGUUAGAAGCAGAAAGACCCUUUCCAAACAUCCUGGUUGUAAAAUACGGUAUCAGUGAUCUGUUUUUAAAAAUACAUAGAUGUUCAGCAUUGUGUUCAAAAGGCACUUCUUACACAUAUUAUCUCACAGAUUAUAUUCAGAUUAGAGAGAAUGCAAAGUUGUUGUUUUUUCAGAGAUGUGGCCUAGACUUCACAUCCAUGCUUUCUACGUGUCUUUGAAUGAUUACAUUUAUGUCAUUGAUGUCACAAACUUGUCACAAUAUCUAGAAAAAAAGUGGUUAAUUCAUUUACCUUCAAAAAUAUAUAUUACUUUCACUAUCGUUAUGUAUUAUUUAUUUUAUUUGUGAAUUCUUUGGUUAUUUUGUCAAAAGUUAAAGUGUCAAUCAGUCAUGUCAAUCAAAACAAAGUCAGAUGAUGAUUCACACACUAGCUCUAUAAAGACUAGUUUUAUAUUGCACAAAAACACAGAAGACUACAGUUGGACACCUGCUGGAGAGACAGGAAUAGCAAUCAAGAAAUUUAUCUUUCAGUUUCAAAAUAUGAUACUAAAUUCCCAUGUCAUUCAGAAUUAUACAAUAGAAAGUAACAAAAAAAUUUGCCAUAUUAUCAAAUGAAACCAAGAGGAGACAAUAUCAAUGAAUUUUUAUUUUCUUCUGAUACUAAUCAUAUGUUCUUUCACCUUACCAAGCCAUAGAAUGUAAUACCAAAGGUCAUGUAUUCUUAUACAACAGUUAGUUUCCAGUCAACUAAUUUGAUUGGAUAAGUAGUGUUAUUUAGUGUAACAGCACUGGCACAUUUCACUGUUUGUAUCACUCUGUCUGUGUUCAAUAUAAAAUUCCAAUACUAGCAAUUAUUCGUUAUAUUGAAACCAUUACUACACUUACAACCCUAAUUCCAAAAAAGUUGGGACGCUGUGUAAAACGUAAAUAGAAACAGAAAGCAAUGAUUUGCAAUUCUCAUAAACCCAUAUAUUAUUCACAAUACUUACUUUUUCAGCCUUUUGUUGCCUCCGUCCCAGCUUUUUUGAGAUGUGUUAUGGCAAUCAAAUUCAAAAUUUCCUUAUGUUUUUCUUGAAAUGGUACAUUUACUCAGUUUAAACAUUUGAUAUGUUUUCUGUGUUCUAUUGUGAAUAACAUGGGUUUAUGAGAUUUGCAAAUCAUUGCAUUCUGUUUUUAUUUACAUUUUAUACAGCAUCCCAACUUUUUUGGAAUUGGGGUUGUACUAUGGGCUGUAUUUCAGUCUGUGCAUGGCAACACACAAUGGUCUAUCCAUCUGUGGUGUCUCUUGGAAUGAUUUUUUGUUGAUGGAACAAAAGUAAACUAAAUAUUUGGCCAUACUGUGUCUGAAAUGUUAAUUACUCAAUAUAAAUGUCAGUUACGCAAUAUUAAUUAAUUGUCUAUAGACCUAGAAAAAGCAAUAUUGCACACUAUGCAUGUGCAAUAUUGCUUAAUUAGACCACAGUGACCUAUUCUUACCAUCUGUAGUGAAAUAACUUUUUGAUUUUCAUUUCAAGAGAUGUAAAAUACAUUUUAUUUGAUUGGUAAUAUCAAAAAUCUGUUUGUAUUUCUAUGUCAAAUAAUGGCACAUCUGUGUAGCCAAGGAUUUCUUGAAAAAAAAUUAUAGCAUGUGGAGUUUCUGUAGUGAUUGCAAUGUUAGUGCUUAGUUAAAGGAUGUGAAAAAGUUUUUAAUACAGUCUAGGGUUCUAAGGGUUAAGCAAUAUCCAUGCAAUAUUCAAACAUGCUGUUAAAUAUUAUUCCUGUGGUUUAUAUAUUAUGACAAAUUUUAUGACCAUUUGAAUUAUUGAUUAAAUAUUGGUGAGCAUCAAGGGAAUAUUUUUAAAAGGUUUUUGUUAGAUCUUGAAGCAGCUCUUAGCAGCAUAGCACAGUGAGAAGGUUUUGGGGCCUAUUUAAAUGUAUUCAAAUGUUUCAUACUAAAAAGUAAAUAAACAAAAAAAAGCAACUUUAUUUAGUCCAGUAAAUAAAUUAUAAUCCAAUCUUUUAGUCUGCUUCUCUCUUCAGGUUCAGGUGUAAUUGCAGGGAAAAGCUUAGUUUUAGGUUUUGUUUUUUUUUUCCCAUACUUAUGCAACUGCCAUCUGAUAAUUUUUUAACUAGUAAUGUUUAUGCAUAUCUGUAUGGGUGGUGUGUGUUGAUACUAUGUAAUAUCGCGCAAAGUAUUUGUAUUUAUUUUCAUACAAAUGUUAUCUAUAUUUCAUACCAAUUUGCAUUUGAAUACUACAGGUAGGUGGGGUGUUGAAAUGGGUCUGCAUAUGUACAUGCAGCAAACCAAGAGCUGCAUGAAAAUGCAGAGGUGUCCAUGGCAACAUAGCUUAAAGAAGCAUUAAAAAGACAAAGAGAA